AUGGACCCCCCUGCCACCGCCAAGAAGCCCUGCGUCAAGGAGCACCUGCCCCGGCGCCGCAGCGCCAGCCAGAUCUGCCCCCCGCCCCGGCGACCGAUGACGCUGGCCGAGCUGCACCCGGGCUGCGAAAAUGAGCGGCUAGGUGUGGCCCGGGAGAGCAUGCUGCAGAACCACCUCAUCGCUAAGCCAGAACUUGGGAAGCCGCGUAGAAGCUGCUACACUCUCCCCGGCCAUGCCUUCAACUACGGCUUAUACGUACACGGUCUCGACGGAGGUGUGCCUGCAGCCAUUGGCCACUGGAACGUGAUGAAGCCAAGAGUCACUUUGGCGAAGGAGCUGCCCCGUGAUUACAAGGCCAUAAACUGCAAAGCCCUGAAGGACGGCUUUGUCACUGCGCAUGAGAACCAUCUGUACCGCCAGAUCAAAGACAUUCGCCUUAACGAUGACGACGAGCGGCGUUUCAAGAGGGCACCCCCAAAAGUUCCAGCGGACAUGACUUAUGGAAGACCAGCACGGCCCUCCACGCCGUUCUUCGAGCUGCUGCAGCACAAAUACAAAGAGAUCUGGAUGGACCAACAGAGAAUGGUCAUAAAAGCCGAGAAGGCCGAGAAAAAGGAAAAGAAACGUAGGGGGAAGUCGUAUGAUACACGCACAACCUUGCUACGGAAGUUCCAGCCGCCGAUGAAGGCAGAGCAGCUGUGGCACAUGCCCCACUUUCAGAAGGUCAGCCCACAUCUCUCUACCUUCCCAGACCAGGAUUCCUAUAAGCGGGCGAUUGAGGUCUUCCAUUCGGAAAUCCCCGUCAGGAUCGGACCCCUCGCGCAGGGCAUUUACACCGCGGCCUGUUGA